AUGGACAAAAGGCAUGAAGGGGGUUGUUGGAUCCUCAGAAGGCAAGUGCUGCUUCUUUCACUAUUGUCUUUGUGCUGCUGGGCUGCUUCAGAGCAGAUUCGUUAUUCAAUCCCUGAAGAGAUGCCAAAGGGAUCAAUUGUGGGGAAUCUCGCCAAGGAUUUGGGAUUAGAUGUCAAAGAACUAGCAAAAAGCAAACUGCAUGCUGUAUCUAUGUCUAAAGUACAGUAUUUCAGUAUCAAUGCAGAGAAUGGAAACCUCUGUGUAAAUGACAGAAUAGACAGGGAGGGUGUUUGCGGUAAAAAUCCACUUUGUUUUGUUAAUUUUGAAGCAGUAGUUGAACAUCCUUUGAAUGUUUUCCAUAUAACUGUAGCAAUUCAGGAUGUUAAUGAUAACAGACCACAUUUUUUAAAAAGCAAUAUCAACUUAGAAAUUAUUGAAUCUAGUUUGCCAGGCACCAAAUUUGUCCUUGGGAGAGCUGAAGAUCCUGACAUUGGGAUGAAUUCUCUCCAGAAUUACCAGCUCAGUCCCAACCAGUAUUUCACUUUGGAAGUUAAAGAGAGUCAAGAUGGAAAUAAGUUUGCAGAUUUGGUUCUGCAGAAGCCACUGGAUCGAGAAAGGGAACAGGCCUUCUGCUUAGUUCUUACAGCUGUAGAUGGGGGUGAACCAAGAAAAACUGGUACUGCAGAGAUAUGCAUCAAUAUCACUGACGCCAAUGACAACCCACCCAUCUUCACUCAAGAGGUCUAUAGGGUUAGUGUGAGAGAAAAUGCUCCCAUCAACUCCUUUGUACUCAGUGUUCUUGCAACUGACAAUGAUGAAGGUUCCAAUGCUCAGAUCAAGUACCAUUUCAGCAAUGUCCCAGCGAAUGCCAACAAAAAGUUCAGCCUGGAUGCUACCAAUGGCUCACUUACUCUUACAGGGGCAUUGGAUUUUGAAGAAACUGAAGAAUACACCAUAACAAUAGCAGCAAAAGAUGGCGGUGGAUUAGAGACACAGUGCAAAGUUGAAAUAAGGGUUGUUGAUGACAAUGACAAUGCCCCCGAAGUUAAUCUCAUUUCUCUGUUCAGCCCAGUUCCUGAAGAUUCCUUGCCUGGAACUUUAAUUGCUCUGAUCAAUGUACGUGACAGAGAUACUGGUGAAAAUGGAAAACUUACAUGCACACUGCAAAAUGAUUUGCCCUUUACCAUUCUUCCCUCUUCUAAUAAUUACUACAAGCUCCAGACAAAUAGUCCUUUAGACCGAGAAAAAAAUUCUGAAUAUAAUAUUGCAAUCAUAGCAAUUGACAAAGGAGUCCCCCCUCUCUCCACAAAAAAGAUAGUAUCAGUAAAGAUCUCCGAUAUCAAUGAUAAUUUCCCCACUUUUGAGAAAUCUUCCUAUACCAUCUACGUGCCAGAAAAUAAUCCUUCCGGUACUUCUGUUUUCACUGUCAAAGCCUUGGAUCCAGACAUGAACCAAAACUCACAAAUCACAUAUUCCAUCCUCCAGAGCAACAUCAAGGAGCUCCCCAUCUCUUCGUACAUCUCCAUUAAUUCUGAGACUGGAGCUCUCUAUGCCCAGAGGUCCUUUGACUAUGAACAGUUCAGAGAGUUCCAGCUUCAAGUGAAGGCCCAAGAUGGUGGUUCCCCCCCUCUCAGCAGCAAUGUCACAGUGAGGGUGUUCAUCAUGGAUCGGAAUGACAACAGCCCACGGAUCCUGUCCCCUUCACAAGAAGCCAAGGGCUCAGCCUUGUUUGAGAUGGUACCCCGUUCAGCUGAAGAAGGUUAUUUGGUCACAAAGGUGGUGGCUGUGGAUGCUGAUUCUGGACACAAUGCCUGGCUUUCCUACCAUGUCAUUCAAGCCACUGAGCCGGGAUUUUUCACUGUUGGUUCUCACACUGGUGAGAUCAGGACAGCCAGGGCCUUUGUGGAGAAAGAUGCUGCGAAACAGAAACUGGUCAUUUUGGUGAAGGAUAAUGGGCAGCCACCUCUCUCAGCCACCGUGACGCUGAACCUGGUGUUUGCUGAGAACUUCCAGGAGGCCCUUCCAGAAAUGAAGAACCAGUCCAGCAGCCCUGACUAUCAGUCUGACCUGCAGUUCUAUCUGGUGCUGGCCUUGGCCUUGAUGUCGUUCUUAUUUCUCUUGACAAUGAUUCUGGCCAUUCUGAUGAAGCUUCGGAGAUCUGGGAAUCCCAAAUUCCUGCAGUGCUUUGCUCCUGUUCCCCACUCAAAGGCUGGAGCCAUCUUCCCACCAAACUUUGAAGAUGGGACUUUGCCUUAUUCCUACCAGCUGUGCCUGUCUUCAGAAUCCAGGAAGAAUGAGUUUACUUUCCUGACCCCCAAUAUUCAGAUUGCAGACAACUUUCUUUGCAGCAACACACCUGAUGUACCUUUGACAGGCAAUGAACAAAAUUUAAAUUCUGUAAUGGAGAGUGGUGACAAGCCAGUUUUCUCCUCUGACUAUAAGGAGACCUGUGGUGGUGAUCGGUUUGUUGAAAUCAACCUGUAA